UUGGGGGAUGUCGCAGCGACAAACCAUUUUUCCCCGAUUCUAGUGUCUUCCACCACGAUGUGAUAGCUACCCAAGUGGAAAAUUAAGUAACAGAAGCCAGAAGGCUCCAACAGAAGCCAGAAUGGGCAGCUGAAGCAAAAAUUAAGUUUUCGAAAAAUUGUUUUCGAACUUCAGUCUUCACGGCGCAUGUGUUGUUUAUCCCAUGGUAUUUCUUUCAUAACUGUUCAUCCUAUCGACAAUGUGGCAUGAAGGCGAAGUCUACCGCCCCAACAGUGUGGAUGUUUUGGGCGACGACGGCCUGCUUCGUUACGGACGAGUUGUCGGUAUCGCUGACAGCGGACUUUUCAUCGACUUUUAAGCCCCAGUCGACGGUGGAGCUGAUUCCCUUCGACAGCAUCUACCUGCCCGCUGCGACGAAGCCUCUACAGACUCACGGCAGCGAUCAGCCUCAGAUUUUCGCUGCCGCCACGAUCGCUGUGGAAGUGUUAGUACGGGAAACUGCCUCGGGUCCCUGGAUAUGGAUCCCGGGUGAAAUGCGCAGCCUGGUGGACUACGAAGUCCCCAGUUCGUACGGUAUGGCAGUGGUCCAAUGGUGGAAUAAAAUUAAGUGCCAGGAUAUUGUUCCCGUGGAGCGCAUCCGCUGGAGGACCCCCGGUCCGGGGGGAUGGUGGGGCGCGGUGGGUCGACCGGUUCCUCCGCAGUUCGUAUCCCUUCUCGCAAAAAAUUUUGCGUUGCCCGAAGGCUUCGAAUGCUCUGUUGUGAAAAGUAAUCUGCAGUCUGUAAACUGUCUACUGUCCUCCGACUGCAUGCCUUUUUGUUGUAUCGACAUGGCGUAUGGACGGUUGUGGCGUAUACAACGUCGAUCGUUGGGCGGUGAAUAUGAUACCCCGGAGGCCCAUGAUAUUCGUGUGAAUGAAUUACUGCAGUCACUGCGGUCGCGUUACCCCAGCAGAUGGACGCUAAAUACACCAAUGCAGAUCGACAGUUCGGAGUCUUCCGCAACGUGGGUGGGCGAAUUCCCUGCACUCUCAGUGGAACUUUGGCUGGAAGUGUUCUCCCACCUAGACACUCGGGAGCAGAACAGAUUCCGUGUGGUCUGCUCAGCAUGGAACUGCAUUCUAACUACGCCGAUUUUGACAGCCAGCAUUGUGCUGGUAACAGGUGACUGCGGCAUGUCGGAACUACUGGGAUCGGACGACAUUGGCAUAACGUUCGACAUCUCGAGUAUACUUGUCCGUUGGCUGUCGUCGACGGUCUUCCAUAGUCUUCGCCCAUCCACGAAGCACAUUAUUUUGUCUGACCGGCAGCGAAUGCUGUACACGAGCGAUUUGUUAAACGUGGUGGAUGUGAUGAACUACGUGGGAAAACAUAACACCGGCAUCCGGUUUUCGGCGAUCUACUAGUAUGCGAUUUCUCCGCUGUGCUGUGUUGUGUCUCUUUUCAUCUAUGGCUGCCGGAGCUAAGUUCUGCUCACGCCGCCUUUAUCGCAUUUCUGGGAGACGGUUCAGCUGCAGUUGGGCGCUGCUUUCGGAUGUGCGCUGUAUGAUGUACUGGAAGCGAGUUUGUCGGUGCCGGACGAGAUGCAGCUGGGGAAGUUGUCCAACUGGCUGAAGGCGGCCAUGCAUGAUGGGAGCGUCGACAAUGAUAAACUUUGCCAGUAUUACAACGGAAGGCUGAUGAUGGGCCUCCGUUUACAGUGGAUUGGCUACACGCCGCGCCACGACGCACAAUUACCGAAAGUGGUGGUCAAAGAUGCAGACGUUACACAGUUUAGGGAAUUACAGGAAUCAGGAAGACGAAAGGUCAUUCCGAACGAACGAUCGAACGAACGAAAGAAAGAAAGCUUUCACAUCGAAGUUUAUUAGCAAUUGAAGAAGUCCGGGUGGCCGCGAAGCAGCACCGUGCCCGACUGAUUUCCGUAAACUGAUUCUCAUCUCCACAGAAGCUAGAAAUUCGGAACACAGACCGCCCACAGGCUGCCGAUUACAUCAUCGGCUUUAUCACUGACCAAUCAAAUAAAACAUAAUUAUUUGAAUUCAUAACACUCUUGCUAUAGUAUGUUGGUAAACCUCAUAAUUUUCCGGUUGGAGUGGACGAAUUGCUGUACAUAACGGAUUAUGUCCCUUGCAGGUUCUGUGUCCGACGCAGACAACUGAUCCUCGACCGGCGUCCAACUUCCGCGGGAAGAAGUGGUGCGUUGAUGGGAUGAAAGACGUACAGUUGGCAAAAUUAUCUCCUUUUGCGCUGUAUUUUCUUCUGCCACUGAUACUUCCCCUGGUUCAGUGAUGUUUACUGUGUGAGGACAUGCUGGCCGCCGACACACUGGCAUCUUGCAUUGCUCCUGAAAAGUUGCGCUACGGACGCGUGGUGGAUGUCGCUGACACCGGGCUCUUCAUCGACUUUUUCUGUCCCAACCGCCGACGGGAAUUAACUCCCUUCGGUAGUAUUUACCUUCCCACUGCCGUGAGACCGCUGGAUCUGGAUAAAAUUGAGGAACUUCAUACUGGGUCCGUGGAGGUGCUGAUCCGUGAAGCUCCCCGCGGUCCUUGGAUGUGGGUCCCCGCUGAAGCCAACAUUCUGGUCAGCCACGAACAUCUGCGCAUGUACGGUAUGGUGGCUGUCUCCUGGUGGAAUAAAAUGGAGCGGCGCGACAUUCUGCCCCUGGAACGCUUACGCUGGAGGUACGCGCGACCCUCUGGAUUUUGGGGCGUUUUUGGGGCAGUUCGUAUCCCGUCUCAUGGGCCGUUUUAUGGGGAAUCUGGAGAAUAGUGUGUCUCAACCCGUGGCUGUGGAAAAGGGAAUGUUUUCCAGGUGGAGCGUGCAAUUACCGGAAGAAUACGAGCACGCAGAAGUCUGGAACGACCAUACACGCUUGAAUUUUAAACUGAUGUUUUCCCGCAGACCCUUCUGUUGUGUGGGUAUUGUGGAUGGACGUUUGUCGUUUAUCGAACGCCGCUCAUCAGCUGACCAAGGGGCGUCCGUAGCGAAAUUCCGGGCGUUGCAUUUGCCGGAAACUCUGCAUAGUCAUGCGUUUCUGGAUGAAAUGCAACCACAAUACCGACGUAAGCUGAUAGUGAUUCCACCCGAGCAUACCGCCAGUCCAGCGGAUGCUUUCCGUGCGCUACCGCGGGAAUUGUGGAUGGAAGUGCUGUCCCACCUGGACACACGGGAGCAGAACCGACUGCGCGCGGUGUGCUCAGCAUGGGACGGCAUCGUGGAUACGCUGACGGGCAACAUUGUACUGUGGAUGGGAAACUGGGGUGACCAUGCUCGUACUAUUCACCACGGCAUGAUGUCGACGGUCUUCAACUGUCUGAGCCCAUCAACGAAAUACAUUUUCCUGGCCGGUCGACAUUCAGCAGUGAACGUGGAGGAUGUCUUUAAGGUGAUGGACGUGAUCGACUACGUUAGCAGGUGUGAUACCGGAACGUGGUCCGGGAUCCGCUUCACAGCCAUCUAGCUGGUGGAUUUCCCGUGUUUUCUGUCACUGGGCAAGCUGGCAGCGGACGGUGGACAGUGCGCUGUGCAUCAGCCGGACGAAUUCAUGCUGCGCCCCGUCAAACGCUUCUGUAACAUCGAAAGCUUCCUCAGUGAAUUCAUGAAGAUCUGCGGCGCUCUGCCGUGCGAUAGCCUCCGGCUGGUCCGCUGUCCGUUCACUCUGUCUGCUCGAGUUAACGAAAAUCGCCUCUUCCUGACAUCUGCACAGUCGCUGCUUUCGAUGACGUGCCGGUUAACGUUGGGUGAGGGUUUCGGCUGCGCGCUGUGGAAUGCGGUGGACGGAAAAUUGCCCGCGCCGGACGAACAACAAAUGAAAAAGCUGUCCCGAUGGUUGGCUGUAGGCAAGAAUAAGAAGCAUAGGAAAACCGUGCGUCAGAUUUUAUGUGCGACACAAACCUCUGAUCCGCGAUCGUCGUCCAACUUCCGCGGGAAGAAGUGGUGCGUUAAUGGGAUGGGAAAUGUGCCGUUGGAGCAACUUUCCCGUAUCGCGCUGCAUUUUCUUCUGCAGCUGUCGGAUGCGUCAGCUCGGUGAUCCGCAACCCGGUGUUGACUAGCCGGGUGCACUUUGCAUUUUACUGUUCUGUGUGCGACACACAUCGUUCGCUGAUCGGCGACGGUCAUCGGCCUACCGCAGGUAGAAGUGGUGCGUUGAUGGACUGCAAAUGUGCAGCUGGCACAAUUGUCUCGCAUCGCGUUGCAGCCAGUGCCAGCCACUGAUAUGUGUCCCCUGGUUCAGUGAUGUGUUUUUGCGUUUGGACGUGCUGGCCGUCGACACACGGGCAUCUUGGAUUUCUCGUAUGGAAAUUAAAUUAAUAUUAUUGCAACAUUUUUGGUAUUUGGUAAAUUGCGUUCGGCUAAAUUUUUUUCCUUGUUUUUUCGUAUUUAUCUGCUAUCUUCUCCGCUAAGGUCCAACGACUGUCAAAGCACCGAGGAAAAUCACUCAUGCACCAUUAAAUUUAAUUAAAUAUUGGGCUUUGCUGUAAGUACUUAUCGGGUGUUGUCAGUCUGUCAAUACUUUUGACCGUAGAGUCGCCAUGGGCAUAAAAAUACCGUUUGUAACAAGAAGUGCACACAACUUGACAGUCAAAAGUUAAACGAUGCUCCUGCAGAUACAUCUCAUCAGCUGACUUACAGUACUUAUUACAGAUACUUCACGGCUGAAAAGUCGCUACGGAAGGCCAUGGUGAAACACUUGUUGAGAGUUGGAAAGAAAAGUCAAAAGCUGGCACUCACAACGGUAUAGUACGGUCUGCCCACCACCACGGUGUGUUGGCUGCAAAGCAAAAGCAGUCUGACUGCGAACGAGCGAAAGAGAAAAUUCCCAUUGGCUGGAUUAAGAAAUUUCGUUACUUACUGAAAUUUUCGUUUCGACUUCUGAGACAUAUGUGCAGGAACUAGAAAUCGUUAAACGUUCUUUCUCAGCUAAUACAGCAUCUUUGUACGGAGAGCAACCGAUUAUCGACUGCCAUGCAGUGGAACGAUAUGACCGUGAUCUACCAGCCCAAUAGUGUGGACGUCUUAGGGGAUGACGGCGUCCUGCGCUACGGACGCGUGGUGGAUGUCGCUGACACCGGGCUCUUCAUCGACUUUUUCUGUCCCAACCGCCGACGGGAAUUAAUUCCCUUCGGUGGUGUUUACCUUCCCACUGCUCUGGAACCUCUGGAUCUUGAUAAAAUCAACGAACCCCAUGCUGGUACUGUGGAGGUGCUGAUUCGCGAAGCCCCCCGCGGUCCGUGGAUGUGGGUCCCGGCUGAAGUCGACAUUCUGGCCAGCCACGAGGAUCUGCGCAUGUACGGAAUGGUGGCUGUCUCCUGGUGGAAGAAAACGGAGCACCGCGACAUUCUGCCUGUGCAACGCUUACGUAGGAGGUACGCGCGACCCUGUGGGUGGUGGAGCGCUGUGGGUCGCUCUGCUGUUUGGCAGUUUGCAACCCGUCUCAUCGGCCGUUUUAUGGGGAAUCUGGAGGGCGGUGCGUCUCAACCCGUGGUCGUGGCAAAAGGCAUGUUUUCCAAGUGGAGCGUGCCAUUACCGGAGGGAUACGAGCAUGCAGAAGUCUGGAACGAUCUUAAACGCUUGAAUUUUAAACUGAUGUUUUCCUACGAACGCUUCUGCUGUGUGGGCAUUGCGGAUGGACGUUUGUUGUUUAUCGAACGCCGAUUAUCAGCUGAAGAGACGACAUCCGUAACGGAAGCCCGGGAUUUGCGUUUGCGGGAAACUCUGCAUGAUCACGCGUUCCUGGAUGAACUGCAACUAGAUUACCGACAUCAGCCGACAGGGAAUCCAUCCGCGCAUAUCGACAGUCCAGCGGAUGCUUUCAGUGCGCUACCGCGGGAAUUGUGGCUGGAAGUGUUGUCCCAUCUAGACACUCGCGAGCAGAACCGACUGCGUGCGGUGUGCUCGGCAUGGGACGGCAUAGCGGAUGCGCUGGCGGCCAGCGUUGUGCUGUGGAUGGGAAACCUGGUGUGGCGUGGCCCGCCCGGCGUGGUAUGGAGGUUGGCGUAACCCAUAAACGUGCAUUCUUCACUGUCUUUGUGCCCCCACAAUUUCUCGACAAGCUGGUACAUAGCUGUACUGGCAAUUACGCAAUUUUCACAUCAGGUGACAAUGCUCGUACACUUCAAGGCAUGAUGUCGACGGUCUUCAACUGUCUGCGCCCAUCGACGAAACAUAUUAUUUUGCCCGGUCGACAGUCGGCACUGAAAAUGGCAUAAGAACGAUGGUCACUACACUACAGUUUUCGCGAUAAUAAAUACUUUAUUACAACUUCCGCAAUAUAAUUUGAGCUUGACGUGCAUGUGAUGGAUGCGAUCGACUACGUCAGCAAAUGUGACACCGGAACGUGGUCCGCAAUCCGCUUGGCAGUCAUCUAUCUGGUGCAUUUCCGUGUUUUCUGUAACGGGGCAAUCUGGCGUCGGCCGGUGGCCGGUGCGCUGUGCAUGAGCCUGACGAAUUCAUGCUGCGCCCCGUUAAACGUUUCUUUAACAUCGAGAGCUCCCUCUGUGAAUUCAUCAAGAUCUGUGGCGCUCUGCCGUGCGAUAGCCUCCGACUGGUCCGCUGUCCGUUCAUCCUGUCUGUCCGAGUUAACGGGAAUCGCCUUUUCCUGACCUCUGCCGAGACGCCGCUCAUGGUAACGUCCCGGCUGCAGUUGGGCGAUGAUUUUCACUGUGCGCUGUGGGAUGCGUUGGACAAGAAUUUGACUGUGCCGGACGAGCAACAAGUGAAAAAACUGUCUUGGUGGUUGUCUGCGGGCAAGAAUAAAAAGCACAAGAAAACCGUGCGUCAGACGUCGGAGUGUGCAGAUGUUAUGUACGACACAAACCGCUGAUCCGCGCCCGUCGUCCAACUUCCGCGGGAAAGAAGUGGUGCUGCGAUGGGAUGAGAAGCGUGCCGUUGGAACAACUUUCCCGUAUCGCUCUGCAUUUUCUUCUGCAGCUGUCCGAUCCGUCGGCGCAGUGAUGCUGUGGCAAUUCAUGCCGCUAUUUGCUAGCCGGGUGCACUUUGCAUGCAUUUCACCAUAAAGAACACCAUUGUGGUAUUUUUUGGAUUAAUAAUUCUGAUAAACUAAACUGAAUGUGAUUUGAUUUGUUGCAUAAUUUGGCUUCUCGUUUUGUCGGCUAUCGUUUCAGGUGUUUUUUAUCAUGUGUGCCAUGCAAAUUACCGUAAUUUGGUAUAGUCUGUAAUUUGGCUUUAU